AUGAGUAGGCAAAUUGCUCAAAAACGAAAAAGUUGCUUCAAGUUGCUCGAACUGAAAAAAGUUGCUCCAAACGCAAAAAGUUGCUCAAAAGUUGCCAAGCACAAUCGGGCCAUGCCUACACAUGAGUGGAAAAGCAUACCAAUUCCUUUCAAAGUUUUUCAUAGUGGAUGAAGCUUUCAAAGCUAUCAAGACUAAAGUUAAGACCAUGAAUGAUGCAAACAGAAUGUGUACACUGUCCCUAGAUGAAAUAUCCAUAAAAACUCAUCUGCAUUAUGAUUCAGAAAAAGAUGAAGUCAUUGGCCUUGACGAUGAUGGAGACACUAAAAACGAUCUCAUGGCAACCCCUGCAUUGGUUUGUGGUAUUCAUGGUUUGUGGUAUUUAUGGCAUGUGGUAUUCAAGAAAAUUGGAAGCAGUCCCUUGCAUACUACCUGGUUAACGGCAGCUGUGACAGUGAGAAGGUCAAGAAAAAGCUCAAUUCUAUUGGUUUAA